AUUAUUCCAUCAUAUUAUGAUCGAGAUACAGGAUGGUAUCCUUGACAAAGGUACCAAAAAUAAUUUGCCGAGGGAAGAUGAGGAUCGAAUGAAACAUUUACUUGAAAAAUUACAAUUAACUCAAACAAAACUAUAUGAAUCUAAAAAUAAUUGCACUAGUCUUAAACAAGAAAUUAAUAAAUUGAAUAAGUUAUUAUAUAGCGAAGUCGGUGAAAAUAUAAAUUUGAAUAAUUUACCGAAUCAAUUCGGAUGGCGUGGAAGAGCUGAACAAAUCCAUCUAUUACACCAAAAAAUAACUGAACUGCAAUCAAAAUUAUCGGAAUAUGAAGGAACGCAAAAAACAUCUAUUGAACGAAAAAAUUUUGAGAAUCUUCGAAAUGUUGAAAAAGAAAGACGGCGUCAAAUUGAAGAUUCAAUAAAACAACUUCGACAAACGGAAGUCAUUGUUGAAGAAUAUAGAAGAAAAUUAGAAGCUUUAAGAGCAAGAAUAAAAGUAUUAGAACAUGAGUUGAAUGGCAAAAGGAAUAUUGCUAUAUUAAAUGAAAAAAGAUCUCACGAUAUUCAUUUAAUUGAGACACUCAACAAUCAGCUUAAAACUAUCGAAAUAAAACAUGAAGAACGCGAGACAGAUACAAGAAACAAAUCAGAGAAGAUUGAACGUGAAUACACGAACUUGAAAAAUGAUUUACAGUCAGCACAACUUCAAAUUGAUCGAUUGCGUAAAAAAUUAGAAGAACGAGAAAUCGAAAUAGAUAAAUUAAAGAACGGAACGGUCCCCAAUAUAUGGGAGAUAAAAUCUCGAAAAAUUAUGCAACCGGAAAUAUUCUUAAAUAAUACUUCUUUUAACAAUAAUACUUCUCCUCAUACUAUUCGAAGUACAUGUGAACCUAACGAGUAUGUAACUUUAGCUCUUGCCGCUGAAGCUGAAAGAAAGAGAUUGCUGGAAUUAAUAACAAUACUUAAUAGACGACUAGAUAAAGAAAAAAAUGACGCUGAUAUUCUUUCUAAUAUCUUACGUAAUGAAAAACACAAAUCGGCAAAAUUAGAGUUAAAAAUUCGAAAAUUGGAGACAGAGAAAAUAGGAAUUGUUAAGAUCGAUACUGGAUAUAGAACAAAAUUACCAAAAUUAUCAAAAACUAGUGAUAAAUUAAUGGAUACAGAACAAAUGCGACUUAAAAUGGAAUUAUUACAAGAAGAAUGUCUCGCGUUAAAAGCUAGAUUAGAUGCUGUACAAAAAGACAAAGUUGCCGAUCUUGCAACUUAUAAACAAAUGUUUGAGGAAGUCAGAAAAAUUUUUUAUGAAGCCUACAGGAGCAAAUCAUCAGCUCCUAUUGGCAGUCGUUCAACUAUUACAAUUUAAUUAAAAUCAAAAACUUUUUUGAACGAUGUGUAUUAUUCUAAAAUAAAAUAUAAUUUAAUUAAACGAUGAAAAAUUUAUCAUGAUGAAUAAAACAUGAUCUUAUUAGUAAAUCAUGAAUUGAUCAGCGAUGCCUAUUCUUCCUUCCGAUCGGAAUUGUGUAAGAACUACAAAAUCGUGUACGAUGAUGUAACUAGGAUACGAGAUAAGGUGCAACGCACCACGUAAACGCGCGUGACAUCGUCAAAGCAACGGUUCCGUUUCUGUCUUUUAUUAUUUUUUUUUUCUUUUCUUUUUUAUAGAACCUGUGUUUACUCUGAACCACAGCAUUAACUCUUGCUAUUGAUAUCGCUCGUCAGUUUUACAUCCAUGGAUUUAUAAUUAUUUUUUUCCAAAGAUUUUAAAAAAUGAAUUGACG